CCUCCCUUCACAUCAUGUCCCCUACUCGUUGGCCACACUCGCUGCAUGCUUUUUAAAUUCCCAUCACCGGCCUCCAGACGUCGUUUCCUUUUGCCUGCGGGAUGAUGGACAGCAGGAUACUGGAUGCACCUCACGCCCAGUUCGGAGGCUCUCUCGGCGGGAUGGUGGGCUUCCCGUACCAUCUCAGCCACCAUCACGUUUACGAAUUAGCAGGGCAUCAACUUCAAUCUGCGUCUGCGGUUCCUUUCUCAAUAGACGGAUUACUUAAUGGUUCGUGCACGGCUUCGGUGGGUAAUUCCAACCCCCUCUUGUCUUCGGGCUGCGGGAUGAAUGGAGAUAAUCAGCAGUACAAGCUGACAGACUCGGGGGACCCAGACAAAGAUAGUCCUGGCUGCAAGAGAAGAAGAACUCGCACCAAUUUCACUGGUUGGCAGCUGGAGGAAUUAGAAAAAGCUUUUAAUGAGAGUCACUAUCCGGACGUUUUCAUGAGGGAGGCUCUGGCUCUCAGAUUGGACUUGAUAGAAUCAAGAGUUCAGGUCUGGUUUCAGAACCGCAGAGCCAAGUGGAGGAAAAAAGAGAACACAAAGAAAGGUCCGGGUCGACCUGCCCACAACGCCCACCCCACCACCUGCAGCGGGGAGCCCAUGGACCCGGAGGAGAUCGCCCGGAGAGAGCUGGACAGGCUGGAGAAGAAGAAACGAAAACAGGAGCGCCGGCUGCUCAAAUCCCAGAACAAGCUCGCUUCUGGGGAUUUAUUUCACACCCCGGGAUCAGACAGCGACAGCGGGGUGUCGCACAUCACCGACAGUGACCACAACACGUGCCCCUCCUUUGACUCUGUGGGGGGGAGCCAGUCGAGCUGCGACCAAACGCCUCACCCUCUGCAGACCCCGAACCAGAACCAAAGACACUUGGACCCGGACGCUGGUGGGUCCGAGCUGGACUCGCCCGACCCCAGCCAGCGGUCAAGCCUGUGCUCCAACACCGGCAGAGGCUCCGGCCUGCAGAAACUCAACCCUUUCAGCGUCGAGAGCCUCCUGUCGGACUCCAGACCGAGACGCAGCUCCGCGGCCUUACCGUCCUCGCGGCCUUUGAUAGGGAAGGGUCACUUCCUCCUCUAUCCCAUCACGCAGCCGUUAGGAUUCAUCGUUCCUCAGACGGCCCUGAGGUCUGCAUCGGCCGGGAGCUGCGACGGUGACCCCCCGGCGGACCGAGGUCCGGCCGGCGCGCGCACCGGCGCGUCCGCGAGCGCAGCGGGAUGUAGGAGCAGCUCGCCGGACCCCGCGGACGCCACGCCAAAGGGUCAGGAGGGAAGGACAAGUUCACCGCACAUGAGCCCGUCCAGGGCCGCCUUUUCCUCCGGAAAACAGACGUCUGUCAUUUGCAGCGAGUCCGCUUUUGCGCACGAACACAUGAGCCCACAGCUCAGCACGACGGUCGAGGCAGACCAAAAGGAGCGUUUAGGGAAACUGGACCACCCUGACCACCCCGAGUCUGGCCUCAGUGACUGUCCCGCACAAACUAACUCUAAAGAAGAUGUCGACCUGGAAUAA